AUCGACCAACCACACAGGCAGCAGUGCACAUAUCCCGAGUCUGCUUCGCGCCCACCACUCUACCAGGACAGUUCGAAUAUAUCUGUUUAAGCUUUCUACUGCUCAACUCUUAUGAAUUUACAUUGGCAGAAUUCUUGAAAAAAAACUCUUGGCCGCACUGGCCUCAAUUAUCGAGUCUGAGUCAUGCCCUUGUGUUACUGACCGGCUACGCUCUCACCUGUAACUCCGCGUCACUCGCCGAGAGCUAUCGGACUUUCAUAAUGAGUGACCCGAGCAAGCCCGAGGGUAUGAUAUUCGAGACCCUGAAGGCAGCCGGGGGCGAUGGGCUGGUAGCGAGGCUGGGUAGGCUUGUGCUCCCACAACGCCAGGCCGUCGACACGCCAAACUAUUUUGCCGUGGCAUCUAGAGGCGUUGUCCCUCACUUGACCCCAGACACCAUUGCAAAAUAUGGCGGGUUCUCAGGUGCCUACAUAGCCAUGGAAGACAUGGUCGAGAAGUCCCAGAAGAGAAUCACGAGGAUACCGGCCGUGCAGAAGGCUCCCGCGGCGGAUGGGAAGCGCAUCCAUGCCUUCACAGCACUACCUUCAUCGUCAGUCUCGAUACUGGGGCCGCGUAGGGUCCCUGCAGUCAAGGCUCCCAUUGGCAACAGUGACAACUACAUCCAGAUCUUCACCUCGAACGGCUUCCAGGCUCUGAGAAACCCGGACUACAUCAACGCCAUCCAGACGUUGAAACCGGAUAUAGCCAUCCCCAUGGCCGACAUAAUCUACGGAUCAAAUACGACGCCACAGUCUAAGAGCAUCUACAGGAUGUGCGAGCGCACAGAGGAAUGGAUGUCUGAGGUCCACCGAUCCCUGGAUGUGGACGACCUCCGCUCAUCAAACACUUCAAUCUUCGCGCCGACCCUACCUGCCCCUUAUCCCAUGCAGUGGGAAUACCUAAGCCGCCUCUCAGACGACAUGACCGACAUGCUAAGCGGCCUGGCAAUAUACGACGUAGACAUCCUCCCCGACCUGGUCAACUACCCAGCCCUGACGCCCCUCCCACGGCUCUCCCUCGACACCCCAGCAACACCCCAUGACAUCCUCCGGCAGGUAGCCCUCGGCAUCGACACCUUCCUCCUCCCCUUCAUCAACGCGACCUCGGACGCGGGCGUGGCCAUGACCUUCACGUUCCCAGCGCCAACGGAGCAUCAGCAGCAGGCCAACAGCGACAGCGACAGCGGGACAGGCCUGCUCCCAUUGGCGACGGACCUCACAGGCCCGGAGAACACGACCUCCCUGGAGCCCCUGGUGGGGUCCUGCGCCUGCUACGCCUGCGCGCACCACCACCGCGCGUACCUGAACCACCUCCUCAACGCGCGCGAGAUGCUCGCCUGGACGCUGCUGCAGAUCCACAACCACCACGCGGUCGAGGGCUUCUUCGCCGGCGUCCGGGCCUCGCUGGCGCGGGGCACGUUCGACGACGACCGCAGGGCGUUCCAGCGCGCGUACGAGGCCGAGUUCCCCCCGGGCCUGGGGACGCGGCCCCGCGCGAGGGGGUAUCACUUCAAGUCCGAGGGCGGGGACGAGAAGAGGAACAAGCCCGCCUGGGGGCACCUCCAUGGGGACGGGGAUGGGGACGAGGUGGAGACGCCCCUCGUGCCUGAUGCAGGCACCGACGCGGCCGAUCUGGUCAGGGAGGGGUUUGCUGAAAUAGAUAUUGACAAGGCACAAGCUAAUUAG